GCCCACUCUCCGUUCUGCGCAUGCGUGCUGCCCUCCCAGCCUCCAGUUUCCGUGUUGUUCUGUGUGUCAGCGCAGUGACGCGGAUCAUCACAGUCGAGAGAAGAAGCGAGGGAACCACAGAGGAAGACGAGGAGGAGAUGAAGAACAAAGUCAGCAGCACUCAAGUCAGCGUGAAGAGGCGCUCCUGGUCCUGGCAGCAGUACCUGAACGAGCAGAAGGCCGAGGCAGCUCCACCCUCUCUCUUCACCCAGGACCAGUCCUGUCCCAGCAGGAGGACGGCCUUCAAGGUGGGCAUGAAGCUGGAGGGCAUCGACCCGCUGCAUCCCUCCAUGUUCUGUGUGCUGACCGUUGCCGAGGUGAUUGGCUGCCGGCUGCGUCUCCACAUCGACGGAUACUCUGAGUGCUAUGACUUCUGGGUAAACGCCGACUCACCUGACAUCAGACCCGCCGGAUGGUGCAGAGAGCACCGCCACAAGCUCCACCCACCCAAAGGUCACAGUGAGACGGAGUUCGAUUGGCAGGACUACCUGCAAUCCUCAGGGUCCCUCGCAGCUCCGCCCACCAUGUUCACCUGUCGCUCCACCCUGUGUGAGUUCCAGGUGGGGAUGAAGCUGGAGGCAGUGGACAAGAAGAACCCGGGACUGGUGUGUGUGGCGUCUGUCGCUGAUGUCAUCAACGACCGCUUCCUGGUUCACUUCGACAACUGGGACGACACCUAUGACUACUGGUGUGACAGCAGCAGUCCCUACAUCCAUCCGGUGGGCUGGUGUGAGGUGCAGGGCCGACCGCUGACCGCGCCGCAGGGUCAUCCCAGGCCAGAGGACUUUGUGUGGGACGACUACCUGCAGGAAACUGGUUCCACAGCUGCUCCCAGUUCAGCGUUCACACUGAGAGCUCCGCACGGUUUCCAGGUGAACCACAGGCUGGAGGCGGUGGACAGGAGGAACCCCAUGCUGAUCCGCGUCGCCACGGUGACGGACACCGAGGACUACAGGGUGAAGGUCCACUACGACGGCUGGUCCACCCAGCUGGACGUCUGGAUGGACAGCGACCACGCAGACCUCCACCCGACGGGGUGGAGCCAGCGCACCGGGCACCCGCUGGAGCCCCCCCCAGGGUUGUCCCCACUGCCGUCCCCGUCUCAGGGAGUGUGUCCCACUGCCGGCUGCAGAGGCGUCGGACACAUCAAAGGAGCCAAAUAUACGGGACACCACAGUGCCUUCGGCUGUCCGUACUCAGACAUCAACCUGAGGAAGGAGGUGGUUCUGCCCGACCGGCUGGGUGGGGAGAGGUCCAUCACCUUGGUGCCCGUGUCCCUGUCUCACCUUCACAGCAGAGGCGUCCAGGUGAAGCAGGAGUCCAGUGAUGUCCCUCUGCUGCCUCUGGGGAAGAGGAAAAGAUUACCUGACAGACUGACCCAACCAACCAAAUGCCUGCGUGUGAAACAGGAAGAGGAGGAGCUUCCCCUCAGAACCAUCAGUCCAGAGUCCAGUCUGCAGGCCGUCCUCCAUCAGUCCGUCUUCCUGUCGGCCAUGUCGGCCCAACCGGGUCGCGACCUCUCUCUCUGCUGGGAGCAGCACAGGAAGCUGUUGCCGGGCGUGGCCCGUCUCCACGCCGACGCCGUCCGCCGCUGGACCGUCCAGCAGGUGUCGGACUUCGUGGAAUCUCUUCCUGGAUGUGAAGAUCAGGCCCAGCUGUUCAGAGACGAGCAAAUAGAUGGGCGGGCCUUCCUGCUGCUCACCCAACGGGACAUUGUCAGGAUCAUGUCCAUCAAGCUCGGCCCCGCCCUCAAGAUCUACAACUCCAUCCUGAUGUUCAAACACGCCGAGGACAAGAGCCAAUCACAGGCCGAGGACAAGAGCCAAUCACAGGCCGAGGACAAGAGCCAAUCACAGGCCGAGGACAAGAGCCAAUCAGAUGUCCAGGAUCCCAGCACCUGACUGCUGCACGUUGUGACUGACCAGGUUCAGUCGCCUGAUGGUGGCCCCUCCCCCUCAGCCAGGUAUUAACCAAUCAGGUGCUGCUGUCACUUUAUCUCCUUUAGGCUCCGCCUCUUUGGGAUGGGUGGGGCUUCGCUGGAUGAGUGCAGAAAGGGAUUCUGGGAUAUGUUGUCUGUGACUGAAGUACAGCUGGGAGGAGGCGAGACCGGAAGUGGCUUCGUUUCCAUGGUAACGCUGAGACAACUGGAAACAUGCAGCUGAUGAAGAUGACGAUGAUGAAGAUGAGGUCUCAUCAGCAUCCUGGUGUGAUGUCAUCACUUCCUGUCAGCAGGACUCUAACAGGAAGCAGGUGAUGAUGUCACACUGACGCCCUGCCUCCUCUCCUGAUGAUGUCAUCCCGCGGUGGGCGGAGCUCCAGACUUUCUACUGUUCCUCCAUAGAGUUCUAUUUUCAGCUUUCUAUUCUAGAUUUAUAUUCUAAAGCUGACUCCGCCCCUCUGUGACGUCACAUCGGGGGCGGGGCCAACAGCCAGCUUCUGCAGGUUUCCUCAGGUUCCUUGGCAACACUUCCUGCCUGCUGUCUGUGUCAGUGUUUGACGGAUCAAUAAAGUUUCUGACCUGAACGUGA